GCUAAAAGAAGAGUGAAAGUGAAACCGAAUCGUCCAAGGCAUUUAGUACAAACUACAACCAAAAAAUUAAAAAGGAGCGAGCAGUCAAAGCAAAAGUCGGGAGGUAACCCGUGCGCAGUUCACUGCAGACAUGGAAUUCGAACUGGAUUCACCGUCAUCGCCACUUGCAGCUCCACAAGAACCUCCGCAGAUCCGCCGUCUGGAGGAGUGUGUCGUAAACCGAAUUGCGGCUGGCGAGGUGAUUCAGCGGCCAGUCUCCGCUGUCAAAGAGCUAGUGGAGAACAGUUUAGACGCUCACUCCACCUCCAUCAACGUGGUCGUCAAGGACGGCGGCCUCAAGCUCAUUCAAGUCUCCGAUGAUGGCCACGGGAUUCGAUUCGAAGAUUUGCCGAUACUCUGCGAGCGGCACACUACGUCGAAGCUUUCUACUUACGAGGACUUGCAAACGAUAAAAUCGAUGGGUUUUAGAGGAGAGGCGCUGGCUAGCAUGACUCAUGUGGCCCAUGUUACGGUUACAACCAUCACAAAAGGCCAGCUGCAUGGCUACAGGGUAUCCUAUAAAGACGGUGUCAUGGAGCACCAACCAAAGGCUUGUGCCGCUGUCAAAGGAACUCAGAUAAUGGUAGAGAAUUUGUUCUACAACAUGGUUGCCAGGAAGAAGACGCUCCAGAGUACUGUUGAUGAUUACUCAAAAAUUGUCGACGUGAUAAGUCGAUUUGCCAUUCAUCACACAACUGUGAGCUUUUCUUGCAGAAAGCAUGGAGCUGUUAGAGCAGAUGUCCACUCCGUAGCAACCUCAUCAAGACUUGAUGCGAUCAGAUCGGUUUAUGGGCCAUCAGUAUCCUGCAAUCUGAUAAAACUAGAAACCUCUGACAGUGACCCUGUUGGAUCUAUCUUUUCCAUGGAUGGAUUUAUCUCAUCUUCAAAUUACAUGGCAAAGAAAACAACAAUGGUGCUUUUUAUCAAUGAUAGAUUGGUGGAAUGUACUGCUUUGAAGAGAGCUCUUGAAAUUGUUUAUGCUGCCACCUUACCCAAAGCAUCAAAGCCUUUUAUUUACAUGUCUAUACAACUUCCACCUGAGCAUGUCGAUGUGAAUGUCCAUCCAACAAAAAGAGAGGUCAGCCUCCUAAAUCAAGAAAGGAUCAUUGAGAAGAUACAGUCUGUUGCUGAAUCAAAAUUGCGGAGUUCAAACACGUCGAGGGUGUUUGCAGAACAGACACUUGAUCCCUCCCAACUCAGUCCAUUUAGCUCAAGUAAAGACUCACAAACAGAUUCCCCACCCACUGCAUCAAAAUCACAGAAGACUCCCGUUAAUAAAAUAGUGAGGACUGAUGCAAUGGAUCCAGCAGGGAGGUUGGAUGCCUACUUAAAAGCUAAGCCUCUUGAGGGCCUUGAAAGGAAUCCUAGUUUGACAGCAGUAAGGUCUGCUGUUAGACUAAGAAGAAAUCCAAAGGAAACUGCAGAUCUUACUAGCUUACAGGAACUCAUUGAUGACGUGGAACGCAACUGUCAUUCUGAUUUGCUGGAUGUUGUUAGACAUUGCACCUUUAUUGGAAUGGCUGAUGAAAUUCUGGCAUUGCUUCAGCAUGGUACUCACCUGUAUCUUGCAAAUGUGGUGAACUUAAGCAAAGAGAUAAUGUAUCAGCAAGUUCUCAGGCGGUUUGCGCAUUUUAAUGCGAUACAGCUAAGUGAACCAGCCCCAGUAUCAGAUCUAAUCAUGUUGGCGCUGCAAGAAGAAGAUCUUAACUCAGAAUCCACUGAUGGCGACGAGCUGAAACAGAAUAUUGCAAAACUGAAUUCGGAAUUGCUCAAGGAAAAAAUGGAGAUGCUCGAGGAGUACUUUGGCAUUUCCAUAAACUCAGAGGGUUAUUUGUCCAUGCUUCCUGUCAUCCUUGACCAACAUACUCCUGAUAUGGAUCGAAUUCCUGAUUUCUUGCUUACCUUGGGGAAUGAUAUUGAAUGGCUGGAUGAAAAGAACUGCUUUCAAGGAAUUGCUGCUGCCAUUGCAAACUUUUAUGCCAUGCAUCCCCCUCUGCUGCCGAACCCAUCGGGUGAUGGUAUGCACUUCUACAAGAGAAAAGCCACAGACAAUCGUGAUGAUGAAGGAAAUACCAUUGAGAAAGCGGAUAUACAAGUGGAGGAGAAGGACGAAAUCGACAAUGACCUCCUCUCAGAGGCAGAGACUGCAUGGGCACAGCGUGAAUGGUCGAUCCAGCACGUCUUGUUUCCAUCAAUGAGAUUGUUUCUGAAGCCGCCAGCUUCCAUGGCCACCAAUGGAACGUUUGUAAAGGUUGCUUCCCUGGAGAAGCUCUACAAGGUUUUCGAAAGAUGCUGAUGAAGAAAGUCAGUUUGUUCAGCUGUUUGUCAUUCGUCCAUCAGACGGUUUUGCUAAGAAGCCUGGAGGUUGCUAAUCAGCAGAAGAGAGAAGACAAGGGUGAGAUGCUCUCUGAUACACCCUCGAUGCUUGUCGAAUAUGAUCGGCCCCGUCGUGUACAAAUGAAAACAAUGUCAUUCGCCUUCUUUCUUUGCCUCCUUUUGUCCAGAUCAAAAUGUCGUCCCAAUUCCCCUUUGGCAUCUUAUUAGAAUGUAGAAUGAGCUGGUUCUCAAAGUACACCCAUAGUCCUAGACUUCUCAAGCAAGCUACUGGGUAUCAACGUGGACUGUGAAAGCAAACUGUCAAAAAUCUUAGCUCGAUCUUGAUUGAUCUUUUUCUCCUGAUACGCGAAACCAUAUCUGGCGUUGUACAUAUCAAGUUAGCGUUGUACAUAUCAAGUGUAAUGAUAUUUAGCAAUAUAAUUGUGGUUUAAC